AUGUUCAACUUCCUAGCCUCCCGCCCUCGAGCGGUGACUAAAGGUCCGCUGGAUCCUGACGAGGGACCUCUAUCAUCGCCGCGGUCCCCCCCGCCAGCACCAGCAGCGCGGUUCAUUGCCUCGCAGCAAGCGAGCUCACGGACAAGCUCCCGGUCGCCAGCACGGUCGCCAGCUCCGUCGGCAAAUAUUCCCGUUGCAUCACGGGACUUUUCACAUCUCUUGCGUCCCGAGAUCUUCCACCAGCUCACACCAAUCACUGUGCCGGCCCCGUUUCGGAAUCCCAGCAAGCAGCCGGCGCCGGAGACGCCCAUCCCAGAACUUGUAGCAAAUGGCCAUUUCCGCGCAGCAGCCAUUGCCAGUGUCCAGGCACUCACUAGCAGUCCCGUGUCGGCGACACAGGCAGCUGCACAUCCGCCAGCCGACCCACAUGACUAUGCUCGCAUCUUCUCGUUGCUAUACACGCGCCUGGCUUGCUUGUGCCUGAUCGACGCAGUCCCGCUCGCCGCUCAAGAGGCCAAGGCGCUGCAGGACUUGAACCAAGGCUUCUACCUUGACCCUGUCAGUGGCACCCACCUGAUGCCCUGGGAACUACGCGUGCUCGCCACCCGCCUCCAGACGCUCGGAUUCGGUGAUCCCCGCCGUGCUGUCGUGAGCUACUACGACCUGGCCCGCGAGGCCCGCUUCGAGGUGCUUCGCGCAGGUAAAUCGCAUGAUCAGACGGCCAAGGAGACGUGGAAACAGAGGCUAGCUGAGCUUGGUAUCCGCGUUGCUGGGGCACUGGUCGAGAUGGACGACCUGGCCGGAGCUGCGAGUCACCUGGCGAGUCUGAAGGAGCCGUCCUCGCUGGGCGAUGGUGGACGCCUGGCUUUAGCCAAGGCGCUGCUUUGGUUGCACCUCGGCGACGUUGACGCCGCAAGACGGUGCGUACGAGACGGCAAGGCUGAUCAGCUGGGUGAAAAAGUCAUCUCUGCGCUCGCGGAUAUGGCGGAUGGGAGAUACGAGGCUGCUCUCGAAAAGUGGACAGCCUUGAAGGUGGAGCUUGACGAGAAUGGAGUCGGAGACGAGAUGGUCGCCGUCAAUCUCGCCGUGUGUCUGCUAUAUCUCGGAAAAAUGGAGGAGGGACGUGGUGUACUGGAAAAGCAAGUCAAAGAGGGCCAAACAUCACAUACUCUUCUUUUCAAUUUGAGCACAAUGUACGAGUUGUGCUCAGAUCGGGCAAAGCAGCUUAAAAUGUCUCUGGCCGAGCAAGUCGCGGACAAGGAAGCGACAGAGCACGGAUGGGAGAAAACCAAUGCCGAUUUUAAGCUAUGA